GAUGAAACCAUCGGUGAACACAAGAUCAGCUCUACCUGAAGAAUACAAGAAGAAGCGGAGAUUGCUGGAGAAAGAGGAGUAUGAUAGGCUAACAGAAAGAAAACCUGGAUUUCUUGAUUGGUUAAGCGUCAAGCAACAACAAUACAACAUCACGAGUGUCCUGUACAUGUUGGACUGGUGGGAGAGAUUUUUGUUCAACAUCUUUCUUAUCAGUGUCAUGCUUGGAACCGUCUUUGCUAUGUACAUAUACAGUCAGAGCUCAGGCCUGCUCCUUGCUCUUAGCAUUUUGCUCAUGGGCAUCGUGGUCUUGCUUUUGCUUCUUUGUCCUCUCCAUCAGUACUAACCAACUAGUUCUCUGCGGUUUUAACGUGUGUUUGCUCAUGGCAUAGAUCACUUUGAAACCUUUUGAAUUCUUCUCUACUGAAAAAAGUUCUUGACAAU